AUGUCAACUUUCAAGAUCAAAUCCACGAAUCCGGACGAAUACCCCCUCCCCAGGGAUGAUGAGGAGGGUCUUACCCUGCAGCGUGACUGGACGGAGGAUGAGGAGGUCAAGGCGAAGCGGAAGUUGGAUCUCAUCAUCAUGCCGCUCCUCACUCUCGGGUUUUUCUGCUUGCAACUUGACCGGGGCAACAUCGCCAACGCCAUCACGGAUCGUUUCAUGGAAGAUGUCGGCGUCACACAAGACCAAUUCAACGUCGGCCAGCAGAUGCUUUCACUCGGUAUUGUGCUUUUCGAGAUCCCUUCCAAUAUGGUCCUCUACCGAGUCGGCCCAGGAAAGUGGCUCACUCUCCAGCUCUUCCUCUUCGGUACCGUCAGCACCUUCCAAGCUUUCCAAAAGGGUUAUGGCCCUUUAAUCGCGACCCGAUUUCUCCUGGGCAUGACCGAGUCGGGUUUCAUUCCGGGUGGACUGUGGACCCUCUCAACUUGGUACACACGACGGGAAACCGCAAAGCGAGUCAUGAUAUUCUACUUUGGUAACCAAUUCGGUCAAGCUUCUUCCAAGCUACUCGCAUAUGGUAUUCUCCACAUGCGUGGUGUCGGAGGCAAGCCCGGGUGGUUCUGGUUGUUCGUCAUCAUGGGAGUAUUCACGGUUUUCAGUGGUUGCAUAUUGGGACUUUUCCUACCUGACUCGUUCAAAAACCCUCGCAGCACCUUCCUGCCUGGCGUGUGCAUGUUCACCGAGAGGGAGCUGCACAUCCUCAACAGACGUGUCCUACUCGAUGACCCAAUGAAAGGCAAGAAGAAGAAACGCAUCGGCCGGGGUGCUUUCAAGAAGGCUUUCUCGAACUGGCGUCUAUGGGUGCACUUCUUGAUCACACUAUGCAAUAACGGCCCUCAGCGUGCCUUCGACACAUAUUCCCCAUCGAUCGUCAACAGCUUUGGUUUCGCUUCCCUGACAAGCAAUGCACUCGCUUCUGUUGGUCUCUUCCUGCAGAUUCCAACAUCUUUCUCGUUCAGUUACGUUUCGGAUCAUUUCAAUAAACGGGGAGAGACAGUCAUGGCUGGCUUCAGCAUGCAUCUGCUUGGUUACAUCUUCAACCGUAUCUUCACCGAGAUUAGCCUUCGGGGAGUCCGAUACUUUGGAGUGGUCUGGACACAAACCUUUGGGACAUUCUCACACCCACUGAACAUCGCAUGGAUGUCGCUCGCCUGCGAGGACUCGGAGGAACGAGCGCUAGCAAUGGCCAUGGUGAUCAUGGGUGCCAACAUUGCUGGUAUCUACGGUGCACAAAUUUUCCGACAGGACGACCGACCACGUUACCGCCGAGGAUUCAGCAUCAACAUCGCCGUGCUCACUGUCGGUCUGUCUUUGGCAGUUGUCAGAUACAUUGACGAUCGGCUGCGUCGUCGUCGUAGUGCCGAGCAGUUACAGGAUCAGUCACCGAGCGAGCACAACUCGCCCGACGAGGACGAACUCAAAGCGGCUCGGCCCAGCGCCGAUCAACCGCAUCCAAUUUUGAUCGCGGACGACCUUAAGCCUGUUGUAACACAUGUGACGAGGUAG